AUGUAUAUUGAUGAUGGUGUAUCUUCAAUAAUCAAAGAAAAGCUUAAUGGUGAAGGUUUAGUUUAUACUUUAUCAACAGAAACUCUCACAGAAGAAUCAACUCAAGAGAUAAGUCAAGAUUUAAAAGUAGUUAAAGAAGCUGGCCUAGCAUCUCAGCAAAAUUCUAUUACUGAAGAACCUGUGGAUAACAAAUCAAAAUCAACAGAAUCUGGUUCAAGUUAG